AUGCCCUUAGGCGCAACGCCAGCAGCGCCUUCCCUGCCUACUAACACGAUUAACGCACACAGGCACCAAACUGUUUACUAUAAGCGCGUCGACGCAGCGCUCGCAGGGAAUGAUCCUGCGAGCGCCCUGCGAUGGGUCGCGAGCUGGUGGGGGGGGCGCAGGCAGCGCGCGAGGUGGCGGCGGCGGCAGCGAGGCUGCAUAGGCGGCGGCGGUAAAGGCAGCAGCAGCGGCAGUAGCAGCAGCAGCAGCAGCAGAAGGAGCAGCCGAAGCUGCAGGCGCAGGCUCAGGCGCGGUUGUGGUUGUGGUUGUGGUUAUGGUCGUGGUCGUGGGUGUAGGCACGGGCGCGGCAGAGCCGCUGGCGGCACAGGCAGCAGCUUGGGCAGCAGUAGCGGCGGCGGUGCGCGUAAGGCGCUUGAAUUUGGGUUCUCUCUAUAG